AUGCCUCCCGUGGCAGUGGGAUUCCAUCUCAAAUUUGAGCUGUAUCCCACUCCGGCAAACACAUCCUCCGGCGCAAACACGAACUCAGAAGCAUACCUGACAACUGAGCAAGACUGUUUCCUACCUCCUCCCGGAACGGAUAUCUUCAAGGCGGAUCUUCCGGCGCAUCAAGUGGGGACUUGGAAGAGAAGCGAGGAGAAGGCGGAGGACAAGCAGACAGGGCGGGAUAACUUUGGAGCAAUCGGUCUACAGGGCUGGAAGCAGAAAGAUCACUCCGGGGCGAAGGACAAGAAGCUCAGCUCGCUGCACCUCAGUCUACCGCUCGCACCUCCGCGACCUCAAACUCCAGAACUCAACGAUUGGAGGUACGGAAAGGUCGAGAUCGAAAGCAUCGAUAUGGAGAGCAUCAAUGGGAAGGGCAAGAGCGGCGUAGGAGGAAACGGAGGAGGACCUCUGGUGCAGACAAAAGCAGUGUACAGACCGUCGGAUCCGAAGACAACGGAUGUGGGAUGGGGAGUGGUGCAUCUGUAUCGAGGUGAGGAGGAAAGUGCUGGGUUGGAGGGCGGGACAAAUCUCACCGACGGUGUGGAGUUCAACCUGGAGGAUUGUACGACCUUGUGCAUUCUCGCGGUGCCCUCGUGGAUGAUGCCCUCGGAUCUCCUCGGCUUCGUGGGCGAUCAGGCUCGAGAGGAUAUCUCUCACUUCCGCCUAAUUCGGACUGGACGCGCAAACAAGUACCUGGUGUUGAUGAAGUUCCGCUCGGCCAAGCGCGCUCGCGAGUGGCAGAAAGCUUACAAUGGCCGGCUUUUCAGCUCGGCGGAACCGGAGAAUUGUCAUGUCGUCUUCAUCAAGUCGGUCGAAUUUGCUACUGGCGAAGACGACGUUAUUGGAUCCGUCGCUGACAAGAGCUCGGCUAACUUCCCGCACAACACGCACGAUCCGUUCACCACGGUUACAACAUCCAAUCGCUCUAACAAAUCUCUAUCGAGCACGACAAAACCUCUCGCUCCUCCUCCGCCCAAUCUGCUCGAGCUGCCGACAUGUCCCGUCUGCCUCGAGCGUAUGGACGAGACUACAGGACUAUUGACCAUUCUCUGCCAACACGUCUUCCACUGCGCAUGCUUGGAGAAAUGGCGCGGAUCGGGAUGUCCUGUCUGUCGGUACACUCACUCCCCUUCAUACACCUUUCCAUUCCCACGCCCAGACUCCUCCACCGACCUUGCGGACAGCGAUCCCGCACCGCUAUGUUCCACAUGCGGACAAGAGAACAACUUAUGGAUAUGUUUGAUAUGCGGCAACAUUGGCUGUGGCCGCUAUGACUCUGCCCAUGCUUUCGCACACUACGAGUCGACCUCUCACUGUUAUGCUAUGGACAUCAACACCCAGCAUGUAUGGGACUACGCCGGAGAUGGCUACGUCCACCGUCUGAUCCAGUCGAAACCAACACCGGACUCUACAACAUCCGCAACCCUUCCUCUCGCAUCUCGCCGUCACGAGAAUGAAGCUUUCCGCUCCGAGCCGUCCGAUUCAGUCCCAAGAGAGAAGAUGGAGUCCAUGGCCGCCGAGUACACCUAUCUCCUUACAAGCCAACUGGAAGGCCAGAGGCGAUACUUUGAAGAACAAGUCGAGCGCGCAAUGCUCAAGUCGCACGCCGCCUCCGCUCUCGCCGAGAAAGCCGCCGCGAGCGCUGCUGCUGCGCAAACCGCCGCUGAAACCGCCAUCACCGAGCGCGGCGAAAUGGAACAAGUCCUCUCCCAAGUUCGCAAAGGUGCCGAAAAAGCCGAAGCCGCGCGCGCGAAAUUCGAAACACUGGCGCGAGGACUAGGCAAGCAAGUCCAGGAAGAGAAGGCCGUGAGCGAAGGUUUGAUGGAACGGGUCAAAGUGUUGCAAGGACAGGUGGAAGGGCUGAAAGUUGAGGUGGAAAAGGAGAAGCUGGCGAAGGUGGAGUGUGAAGAGUUGAAUAAGGAUUUGACGGCGUAUAUCGAGGGAGCGGAGAAGGUGAGGAUGUUGGAGGAGGCGGGAGAGGAGAUUGGUGAGGUUGGAGUGGUCAAAGGGAAGGGUAAGGGAAGGAAGAAGAAGUAG